AUAAUAUGUAUGAUUUAUGGUUUUAUAUAUCUAUUUAAUGAUAAUAAUGUAAUUAUUAAAAAUCAAAAUUUUAAUUUUGAAGAGUUUUAUUUUGAAUAUAAAAAAUAUUAUCCUAAUAGAAAAUUACCUACAGUUGAUUUCUUACAAUGAUUUAUUGGAUUUUUUGAAGGUGAUGGUUCUUUUAUUUUGGGUAAAGAAGCUAUAAUUAUUAAAAUAAUUCAAUCUAAUAAAGAUAGAAAUGUAUUAGAAUAUAUACAAAGUAAUUUAGGUAUGGGAAAUAUUUGUAUUCAUUCUAAAGUUAAUAAAACUUUAGCUUGAUCUAUUACUAAUUUUAAACAUAAAUAUUUAAUAUCUUUAAUAUUUAAUGGUAAUUUAGUAUUACCUAUGAGACUUUUUGUUUUUAUUAAAUUUAUUUCUGAAUUAAACAUUAGUUUAUUAAAAAAUAAUAUGAAAAUAAUUAAUAUUAAAGAGUAUGUAAUAUUACCUACUUUAGAAGAUUAUUGACUUUCAGGAUUUACUGAUGCUGAAGGUUGCUUUACUGCUUCUAUUAUAAAUAAUAGUACCCAUGCCUAUAGAGUAAGAUAUAUUCUUAGUCAAAAACAUUUUUGUAAUAAAUAUGUUUUAGAACAUAUCUUAUCUGAAUUUAAUAAAGUUACUCAAGUUAAAAUAGGUCAAGUUUAUCCUCAUUCUAAUAAUAAUAACUGAGAAAUCCGUAUUAAUGGAUAUAAAAAUUGUAUUAAAUUAUUUUUUUAUUUUGAUAAAUAUCCUUUAAAAACUAUUAAAUCUGAAAGUUUUAUUGCUUUUAAAAAGGUAUUACAAAGUAUAAAUAAUAAAGAACAUCUUGAUUCUACAAAAAGAGUUAUAUUAAAAGAAUUAUGUAAAACAAUUAAUAAAUCGAAAAAUACCAAAGUAUUGAAAUAA